CCGUGUCCCUCGCCUCACGACCUUCUCCUCCUCCUCUUUCUUGUUGCAGGCUGCUCCUCCUCUUCUUGGUGACUCCGUGUGGCCCCCUUUACUGGAUGGACCCAUAGCACCUCUUGAAUAUCCUCAAGCAUAUACGAGCAUAUACGAACAAUAGCAAUGGCUACAGGUAUACUAUCCGCAUCCCGCCCCGACAUACCCGCUCUCGACGCACGCUCACAACAGCCUGGCCCGUUCAUCAAUCCCGCUCAUAUGAAUCAGUCCAACAUAUCUAAGGACUCCCAGCCAGGCCCCUCCUCGGUUGCUCGCCGCACCAGCAAAUCCUCGGUUCCUGGCAAGCGCCGUCGCGGUACCUCCCCCGACGAGAGCGGCGACUCUUCAGCGCCUCCAUCUGGCACGCACUCGGCCACACAUCCCCGCAAGAACCGUGACGGACCGAAGAAGAAGAAGGCUAACCGCGCAUGCGCGCACUGCCAGAAGGCCCAUCUCACAUGCGACGACACUCGUCCAUGUCAGCGCUGCAUAAAGCGCGGUAUUGCCGACAACUGCAUAGAGGGCCAUCGCAAGAAGGCCAAGUACUUGCUCGACGACGAGGAGCUGGAGCAACUAAAGCGGAAACAAUCAACCGCCGACAACAAUGGGAGUAGUAGCAAUAACAUGAGCGCACCUGCGCCAAUCCCAACUUCCCAGCCUUUCGCCGCCAACGACCCGCUCUUCAAUGUCUCGUUUGACCCCAACUUCUCCUUUGGCUCAGAAGCAGCCAACCUCGAGUAUUCAAUCCUCUCCGCCAUCUUGGGCAACCCCUCCCCACCCGAAUCCGGCACCGCACCAUCCCCGCCUCAGCUGCCCUCCUCCAUCAGCGCCCCACCGUCGCAAAACUCUGGCCCCACCGCCCCGCAAAACGCCACUCAAAACCCAAAUCCUCCCGCAUCAACCAGUGAUGACGCCCCCUCUCAGGAUCAGACUGGCACGGCGAACAGCCAGCCCCCGCCCCCGCCGUGGUCUGCUGAGAGCGGCAGUUACGACGCAUACCGGGAGCAGCUGGCACUUGCGCCCAACUCGCCGCCGUUCAUGACGGGCUACUCACCCGCGCUGAUGUCUACCUCUUCACAACCUGAAGGAGUCCAGCAGGGCCGCUUCUCCCCUGUCUACGAACAACAGCAGGCGACGUCGCCGUCUGACCAGGAUGUGGACACGGCGACUUCCCAGCAGCAGAACGGUUCCCACGCGCCAGAUGGACGACACACGAAGGAGGUCCCGUCAUCGCGGGCCGGAGCAGGAGGGAACAAGGGCCCAGAGACGCAGACGCAGACGCUGCAGUCGCUCUCCAGGACGUCGUCGGCCGGGCCGACUCCGAGCCCAGGAGGGUACACGGGGGAGUACGUGCCGUCGGCGAUGCAUGUGACGGCCGCGUACGAUUACACCGAGGGCUACCACUUCCUGAUGAAGCAUCUCCCGAGACGGUUCGAGAAGAACGAUAUUCUGCGCAUCGUCCGCGCGCUCGCUAUCUUCCGCCCGUCCCUCAUUGCGCUGCAGAUGCCGAUGACGGACGAGGACGAGAUCUUCGUCGAGCGGUGUUUCCAGCGGUCGUUGCUUGAGCUCGAGAAGCUUAUCUCGUUUAGCGGGACACCGACGGUUGUCUGGCGGCGGACGGGCGAGAUCUGCCUCGUUGCACCCGAGUUCUGCAUGCUGACCGAGUGGGGCAUGGACGAGCUCGUCGGGAAGCGCAAGUACAUCUACGAACUCUUCGAGAACCAGAGCGUGGUGGAGUACUGGGAGAACUUCGCGACACACGCGUUCGAGAACACGACCAAGUCCGUCUACUCGCACUGUGUGCUGCUCAAGCCGUACGGCGCGCCCAUCCCGUCGACGUUCUGCUUCACGAUCAAGCGUGACAUCUUUGACCUGCCGAGUAUCGUCAUCGGUCAAUGGUUACCGCUUUUGUAACAAAACCCGAGUUCUCGUCUGGGCCUCCUGAUUAUGCUGUCUUGGAUAUGUGGAUAUGUGUAAUAUGCGGACAUGCAAGAAACAAAAACGAAAAACAAGAUUAGAACUACUGUAUCAAUCAGGAACAUCAAAGUUAUGGAUAGGUUUAGGUAUGUGGUGCUUGCGUUCGCGAAGGGUUUGAGCAGGGAUUCGGGGUGUUUGUUGUGGAUGGGGGCGGACAACAACUUAUAUAGACUCGACUGGGCUCCGGUUGACGACUCUUAAUUUUAUUAUCGCUCUCUCUCGCUCUCUGUUUCCCACCCGUUUGAUGCUCUCUGGGCAAAGGGGUUCACUAGUCCUAGUCAUUGCUGAUGUAUGGUACCUUAUGAAUCGGUUAUUUUUCUG